AUGGAGUUUGUGCCUAGGCUACCCUCCAUCCUUCUGCUGGGUGUCGUGUAUGUGGCGUAUGUGUUGAUUGGUGGAGCAGUGUUCUGGAAACUGGAGGGGGAACUGGUGGAACAGAACCAAGUUCUGCUCAGAAAACAGAAGAGCAGACUGCUGCAGAGACUCACCUGCUUGGACAUCCAGGGCCUUGAGGAAGUGGGUCAGUUAAUCCAGUCAGCAUCUAAGUAUGGUCUUAGUCUGAAGAGCAACUCCACCGCUGAUGGCUUCUGGAAGUUUACAAGCUCCUCGGUCUUUGCUGCCACUGUUGUCACCACAAUCGGUUAUGGAAAUAUCAGUCCCCACACUAUGUAUGGACAGAUCUUCUGUGUUUUUUUUGCUUUGGUGGGGAUACCUCUUAACGUGGUGGUCCUCAACAAAGUUGGCAAAUACAUGCUGUCCAUUGAGAGAAGACUUUGUGACUUCAUUGAGAAGAAGACCAACCGCAAAAGGUGUGUGCGGGUGCUAGUCCACAGUCUCUCAUUUGCCAUUUUGGCAGUGUUGUAUUUUGUGGCACCUGUGAUGCUUAUUCAGCAGUAUGAAGAUUGGUCUUAUGCCGAAGCAGUGUACUACUGUUUCAUCACUCUCAGCACCAUUGGCUUUGGAGACUAUGUUGCUGAUAACAAUCCUGACCGCUAUUACCCAGAGUGGUACGGAGCCAUCAUGGGAGCCUGGAUAUUCUUUGGCCUCGCGUGGCUUGCCCUUCUCAUCAACCACGGCAUUGACCUCCUUGAACGAUUUAAUGGCUACAUGAAAGAGAAGCGGGAGGAUAUAGCUUCAUCAUCACAGGGCAGCCAGCAGGAACAGACCCAGGCACCAGAAAAAAAGUCCUAA